GAGCACAGCAGGGCGGACACUCUCCCCACACCUGCACCUGGUCACUCCAUUCACGCUCGAGCGGACCCAAACGGCUGCCAUCCAGGCUGCAACUUUUUUAUUCAAAUUUUCAUUUUUUGUGUGUGGAGAAAGUGGAACAAACGUUCAGGGAUCACAUGCGUGUUUACAUUUUGUGAACACAUUUUUUUUAUUUUUUUAUUUGUCGCAUGGAAGAAAAGCCGUCGCUAAUUAGGCAGUCCCCCCUCACCGACACCCCCCCCCCCCCCCCAAACCCCCCCCCCUCUCUCUCUCUCUCUCCCUCAAGAGGAAUUUGUAAACCUAUCGGAUUGUUUAAUUCCUGCGCAGCGCCGCCGCCGAGAGAGAUUUUCCAAUCCAGCUCCGAGGCACAACACGCGGGGAACGCCGCUGUAACGUCCCGCAAGUUUCUUUUUUCCCCCCUCCGAGAUCUCAGAGGGCGUCGAGGAAGUAUGAAAGCAAAAAGAUUUAGAUCUCUGUGGGCUACCUGCAUGACUGUUACCAUGACAGCAUCUGGAGCCCAACUCCUCCUGCUGGCCUUAUGUGUUUACAGAGGCUCGGGCCUGCAGCAGUCUGCUCCGCGGAUUCGCCUCUCCUUCAAAGAACUGAUGGACACAAGGGCAGCGCGGCCCUUCAGUUUCUCCUUCAACACCAGCGACUACCGCAUCCUCCUGAUGGAUCAGGAUCAGGGCCGUCUGUACCUGGGCAGCCGGGAGUACCUGGUGGCUCUGGACAUGCACAAUGUCAACAAGGAGCCACUAAUAAUCCACUGGCCAGCAUCUGCUAAGAGAAAGGGAGAAUGCCAGAUGACAGGAAAGGGAAGACAGGGUGAAUGUGCCAACUUUGUGCGGUUGAUCGAGCCGUGGAACCGCACCCAUCUCUACACCUGUGGAACGGGGGCGUACCAGCCGAUCUGCACAUUCAUCAACAGGGGCUGGAGGGCAGAGGACUACCUGUUUCGGCUGGUCCCUGGGUAUGUGGAUUCAGGGAAGGGGAAAUGUUCCUAUGAUCCCAAACAGGAGAACAUCGCAGUUCUGAUCGAUGGUAAUCUAUAUGCAGGGGUCCACAUUGACUUCAUGAGUACAGAUGCUGCCCUGUUCAGGACCAUGGGUGGGAGAACGGCAAUCAGGACGGAGCAGUAUGACUCCAGGUGGCUCAACGAGCCUGUGUUUGUUCAGAUCCAGCAGAUCCCUGACAGUGCAGAAAGGAACGACGACAAGCUUUACUUCUUUUUCCGCGAGAAGAGUCUCGACUCGAGCGGCGGUGCGAGCCCCAGCGUUUUAGCCCGGGUGGGAAGAGUGUGUCUGAAUGAUGAAGGAGGCCAGAAGUCCCUGGUGAACCGCUGGACGACGUUCCUGAAGGCGCGCCUCAUCUGUUCGGUGAUAGGAGAAGAUGGAGUGGAGACACGGUUCGAUGAACUACGGGAUGUGUUUAUUCAGCCCACGCAGGAUGAGCGAAACCCUAUGGUGUACGCUCUCUUCACCACGGCGGGCUCGGUGUUCAAGGGUUCUGCAGUCUGCGUGUACUCAAUGGCUGAUAUCCGCAAUGUCUUCAAUGGACCGUUUGCCCACAAACAUGGCCAUAACUACCAAUGGACAGAGUACACUGGCAAGAUUCCCUACCCACGGCCCGGGACGUGUCCAGGAGGAACCUUCACUCCUGGUAUCCGUUCCUCCAAGAACUUUUCAGAUGAGGCUGUGAAUUUCAUCCGAGCCCACCCCCUCAUGAUCCAUCCAGUUUAUCCGAUCCACCGCCGCCCCCUGGUGGUGAGAACCGGCGUGGACUACCGAUUCACUGCCCUGGUGGUGGAUCAGGUGGAUGCUGUGGAUGGACGCUACGAGGUGCUCUUCCUGGGGACAGAUCGAGGCACUGUUCAAAAGGUUAUAGUUUUGCCGAAGGACCCAACUAACAUGGAGGAACUGACUCUAGAGGAAGUGGAGGUCUUUCGGUCCAGAGCUCCAGUCAAAACAAUGAAGAUAUCCUCUAAAAGACAACAGCUGUACGUGUCGUCAGACGCGGGGCUGACCCAGGUGUCGCUGCACCGCUGUGGUGUGUAUGGCAGGGCGUGCUCUGACUGCUGUCUGGCCCGAGACCCCUACUGUGCCUGGGAUGGAGAGAGCUGCUCUGCUUUCACUCCGUCCACCAAGAGGAGGAGCAGGCGACAGGAUGUCAAACAUGGAGACCCACUGAGGCAGUGCAGAGGCUUUAACGCCAAAGUGGAGAAACGUCUCAGAGAAACGGUGCAGUUUGGGGUGGAGGGCAGCAGCACCUUCUUGGAGUGUCAGCCUCGCUCCCCUCAGGCCUCCGUCAAGUGGCUCUUCCAGAGAGAAGGAAAGAGGAAAGUGCUCACCCGUGUGGGAGGUGUACUGAAGACCAACCACGGUAUCCUGCUGAAGUCUCUCAAUCAAUCCGACGCGGGGCUCUACCACUGCCUCGCCACUGAGAACAACUUCAAACACACGGUGGCCCGCGUGGCGCUGCGCAUCCUGGAUCGAGACAUCGUUUUGGCGCUCACCGCCCAAGAUGAGGACGAGGAGCCCAAAACUCUCCAGGCGGGACCUCAACAACAGUCGUCCCUCGUCUCCACCCCCUUCCCGCCCGAGAUAAGACUGAUUAACCAGUACUGCCAGUCGUACUGGGAGCAACUCAGUCCCAAACAGCAGCAGCAGCGCAAGCGCACCAGCCGCAGGCACACAGAGGGCCAGGACCAAGGCCUCGGCUAGAGGGAGGGUCGGACGCCGUCCAACACUGGCCCGUGUGGACUUUUGUGUUUGACAUGCAUGUUUGUGUGUCACCUCUAUUCAUUAGGCAGGUGAUGCUGUCAUGCUGUCGCUAAAGUAUGAUAUUUGUGGUUUUAUAAGUGUCAGCCUGCAAAAUACCAUAUUGUGUAUAUUUUACAUUGUCUGUGACCACUUCCCAAAGAAUACCGUACAUAUUUACAUUUCCCAUCUUUUCAGGUAUCAGCUUGUGUUAGUUUGACAUUUAAAUACACUCACGGAUGUGACGUGAGUAUUAUGGCCAGGCGAGAGGAGGAAGAUUUUAUUUAUUUUGCACUUCGAGAAUAAAGUCUAAAUGUCAACAAUAAGAUCAAACUUUCAGUAUUACUGCCAGGCCUAAUAAAGAAUAUACCAGAGGAGUACUUAAAAUAUAAAUGUUUUAUUGCAUUUUGAGAAUAAACAUCGGACCUUAGAGAAGCGUCAGUGCAUAUACUGAAAAUUCAAAUUUCAUAAUGUGAAUUUAAAACAAAUACUUAUGCCUGGCCCUAAUACUCAUAAGGAUUGUUUUAAACCUUUUUAAAUUAUUCAGGUCGACUUGAGAAUCACUGUGGAAGAUCAAUUUAUUUAGUGCAAGAAAAAGUUAUUUUCACAGCAUCCAUAUUUGCUUAUUAUCUGUUUUCUAGGUUUUGAUUUUCCAACAAUAUAACUCGCGAAAGCAGAUAUUUUGGUCAGGUGAUUCUUACAUUUUGGAUUGUCCUCGAGAGCACCGACAAAAGAAGCGUUUUUUAAAGGAUCACAUAUUCCAUGUUUGUCGUUUUGGAAAAUGGUAUUUGAUGUAAAGUAAAUGCAGCACGUGGUUAACAGGCUUCAACAUGCAGAACCACAAGUAUGGUACUGUAAAGUAUCUUGAAACAGAAAUGUAAUAUAUUGAUUGUGAAUAUAAUAUAUAUGGUCAUUGGAUUACUCUUGUAUCGUAUGAAGUUAAUAUGAUAUAAAUGCAUACGUUGCAUGCAUAUGUGUCGUUUGUUGCAAGUUGUAAAUUUUUACAUGUAAUGAUGUUUGUAAGGUGUAAAGUAUUCUGUUAAGCUAAUUCCAUUGACUCCCUUGCUCUAUAUGUGAGUGUUGAGGGUAUGUGUAGCAUACAGUAUUCUUCCAGUUAUGCACUUUGUCGGUGGCGGUAUUCGAGGGAAUUUGGGAUCUUUGCACAGAUGUAUGAGAAAAUGAAAAAAGGAACUUUUUUUUAAUGUACAGUAUGUUAUUAUAAAACUGGGAAUGGAACUG